UUUAUUAUUAUAUUAUGUUUAUAAAUAAUGUAAUAUUAUAUAUUAAAUAUAUAAUUUAUUUUGUUGCAGGCGGAGUCGCGGCUGGCGGCGAAGAGGCAGGCUCGGGCCGAAGCGAGGGAGAUCCGGAUGAGAGAGAUCGAGCGGCAGCAGAAGGAGCAAGAUGAAGCGAGGCAGUCCAACACUCCCCUCUACGAGAUAGAUGGGUUAAGAGGCGGGAGACUCAACAGCAGUAGUGGUCGCCUGUCAGCGUCAAAUAGUUACCAUUCUUCAAGGAGAAGUUCCGAGGACUCCCUUGAAGAAACAUCCUCCAUCGGCCACAUAAGGCAUAUUUUAGUGUCAGAAAUGAGCUCGAGCAGCUCUGACAGUUCGGAUGAAGAUACGAAAAGUGGUAGUGACGAUGAAGAUCCGUCCUCGACAGAAGAGGAGGAUUCUUCAAGUGUUGAUUCAAAUAGUCCUAAAAUAAUCGUUAACAAUAGUGUCGAUAAUACUUCGGCUGUCACUAACGGUUUUGUUAAUGGUGUUGAUGAUGAUGACGAUGGUGACAGUCAAGACAAAGAUGAAGAAUUUCCUGACGGCGAUAACCCUCCUCCAAUGAACGGUUUAAUUAACGAACUGAUUGAUGGUUGUUCUCAGAGCGAACUGCGCGAGGCAGAGGAUAAGUUUCGGAAGGCCAUGAUCGGCAAUGCCCAGCUGGACAACGAGAAAACUGCCGCAGCCUACCAGGUUGAACUGUACAAGGAUAGGCUUGAGGAGCUGGGAGAGGAAUAUGCCCAACUUCAGGAGCAAGGUCUUGUAAUCGUCGGAGGUGAUGGUUCAUCUUCGGAUGUCUCUUCGGAAGAUGAGGCUGACGAUAAGCCUAACAAGAGGCGAGGAGGAAAACGAGCUCUUGUCUCCGCCGAAGGUGCUGACCUCCUAGCUACUGUUUCCGGAUCUCUAGAUGUGCGAUUGAAGAAACUCGCUGCCGAAAGGAACGAACUAUCUGAUGAGCUCCGCCAUGUCAAGCUGGAGCUGGAAGAGGAGAGGAAUCGGGGGAGAGGCAUUGGAGCGAACCCCGCUGAUCUUGAAGAUAUACAGAGUCUGAGAAGCGAACAAGCAGUGGCUAGGUUAGAAGGGCAGGUCACCAGGUACAAGACAGCUGCUGAAGCCGCGGAGAAAGUUGAAGACGAACUGAAGCUGGAAAGGAGAAAACUACAACGAGAAGUAUUUGAGAGAAUGCCAGGCAAGAGUCGAGGAACUGGAGACAGCAAACACUCACCUUCAGAGAAGGCUAGACAAACUGAAGACUGCCAAGUCAGCGUUACUAAAAGACUUGUAGCGAAGAGGUUUAGCUCUCUGAAUAUAGUCGGUUUCUCAGUGUUGUCAGAUGCAUGCUGGACAGGUAGCAGUCGUGGAGGCUACCUAGGUGAGAGCAACCAUCUUGCUCGUCGGUGAACAGUGGCAAUGAGAUUACAAUAAUGUAUAUUAUACAUAUCGUAACGACCAUAAAAUGAGAAGCAAUCUUGUUACGCCUUUUAUAAUAAUUCUUAAAAUUUGUCUUCUAACUUCUUUCAUGAUAUCGAAAGGAUACAACUGGAUUUUUAAAUAAUGUUCUUUUAUUGAAGAAUUUUUAAAUUUCAAAAUGAGAAAACAUUAUGAUGAUUGUACCACAUUAAGGAACAUUUGAUAGAUUUUUUUUUAUAUUCAAUAAUUUUACUCAUUUUUUAUUUUUAUUAAAAAGGAUAUUAUUUUAGAAUUUUAAAAGUUUCUUGCUUAUUUUUUUUAAUCCAUGCUUUAUUUACAAAGUUAUUAAAAUGAUUGUGUACAUUUUAUUGUUACAAAACAUGUUAAAAUGUUAUUUAUUUUUAAAAAUAAAAUUAAUUUAUAUGUUUUUUUUUUGUUUUCUUGCUUUUCUAAUAGUUUUUAAAUGUUAUCUAUUAUGAUUAUCUGUCAUCUAUAAAUUUAUGAUCCACAAUAAUCUUCAUUCUAUUUGAAUUACGAUAUGUAUAGUAUAAUUAUGAUAUACAUAUAUACAUAAAUAUAUAUAUAGCAACUAUAUAUUAAAGCAUUGUACAGAAUAUAUAUAUAAAUAAUUAUUUAAUUAUCAAUUCUAUAUUAAUAUAUUUAACAAAACCUAAAUAAACUUAACAAAUUGUUAUGGAUACCUCUUUAAUAGGCUAUAAAGGAGUAAUAAAUUCGAGCGAAAGUCAUCUAUAUUAUCUUAUGUUACCAGGAAGUUUGAAAAAUUGUCAAAUUAAAGAAAUAUAUAUAUAAUAAAAUAAACUUUAAAAAAAAAUGCUUUGUAUGUAAUAUUUCAGUCCGUCUUUGUGUCAACCACUGUAAAUUGAAUGUAUAGCUAUACAAAAUGUUUUAUUUAUAAUCGUAAACGACUAUGGUUAUGUAAUAAGUUAAAAAAAAAAAAAAACGAAUUAAAGCUUUAUUACUUAUUUAUUACUUCUUGUACAUUAAUUUAAAAUAAAAAUGACCAUUUUAUUAAUACAUUAAAUAAACGUUUGGGUAGGUUGGGUUCGAUAUGUGGAAUUGCCUUUGCACUUAAUAUAUAACACGAUAAUAAAUAAAUGUACAUUAUACAUUAUUUCUAUUGUUUUUUCUGCUAAGCAACCAGUUCUAGUCUGAAUUGUGGAGAAUUUUUUUUUUUUAUACCUUCUGUUAAACGCGAAAUAGUUUCAAUAUAUAUUUAAUGGGACCAAAUUAAUUAAUUUAAGUUUUUCUCACCCCAUGAUCCUUCAUAUUUUGGGCAAGUUUCUAAACUCAGCGCUGGACUCAUCAAUGAAUGAAAUUAGUGUUGAAUUUAAGAACUUGCCCUUUCCUGUAAUGCUAUUUGUUAUCCUUUAUAACCUUUCAUUUUCCUUCUUUUAUUGUUAAUCUUCUGUUAUAUUAUUUUAAUUUACAAUAAAAUAUUUCAAUUUCUUCAAAUGCAUUUUCUUUUCUUUUUUAUUAUCUGUUCAUCUGAUGUCAACGCGGCUAUGUUCAUGUUUUUAUAUCUUCAUUUUCUUAUUAUAUGUUAAAAUUUGUAUCUGUUAUAUAUGAUAAUUUGUUAAGUGGGCUUUACGAGUUUGAUUAUUCUCCGGUUAGAAAACAAGAGACUUUUAGAAGUUUAUUAACCUUUUAUUAAAAACAAGUGUAUUUACAGAGCUGGUGGGCACAAGUUUACAUGAAUAAUCUGUAGAUGAAAGUGUAUUUAUGAAAAGUUGUUAAAAAAUUUAAAUAACCACAAAUUGUUACCAUUACACAUGUACACAAAAAUUAAUAUUAUGAUUCAACAUUUCUUUGCUUCUUAAGGAAAUCAUUCCAUUUGAUUAAAAUGUAUAUUUUUCAUUUUAGUUUUGUUGUAAAAUUUCAAAAAUUGUACCCAACAGGGUUUAGCGUAACUUAUUUCAAUUUUACGUGUAUAUGAGGUGUUUGAUUUCAAAACCGCUUGUAUCCAUUUUCGAAAAUUCUUCAGAACUGAUCAAAAAAGAUUUGAUAGAACCACUUUUUAUAGGAAAUCAAAUCUUUUGGUAUUAAUUUUUGGGAGAUCUAGACGGUUUUGAAACAAACAUCUAAUUUUAUAAAAAUAAACAUUAAAAACUUAUGAAAAAUAAAAAAAUUAUUUUUUUAAAAUAAAUUAAUGCAACUGGUUUUGAAACAAACGCUAUGAUAGCACAUUGUAAUUGUAAAUCUCUCAUUAUAAAUCAUAUUGUUAUUUAAAUUAUUAUUAUUUAAAUAUAGAUAAAUAAAGCCAAAAUUCACAAUACCAUAUUAGAAAGUUAAUCUAUAUCAAAGAUGCAUUUAGUGACUUUUUGGAAUAAUUCGACUAUAUAUUUUAUAUUUGCUUUGUUACAAUUCAAUCGGGAGUGAAGAAAGUAAAAUAACCUUUGUAUCGUUGUUAAAAUUUAUAUGAUAUUUUCCUCUGCUUUCUAUAUAUUAAUGGUUAAUUGGUAUUUGUAGUAGUUAUUAAAAUUAUUACUACUUUAAUAAAAAUAACGCUAUUGGACUUCUGUUGCUCAUCAUAAACAAUCUAUUGUAGUCGAGUUCUUACCAAAUAUCUUAAAUCAUCCAUUACUUAUUUUUAAUUUCUAAUUUCAGAAAUAUUGUUAUCAAUAAGCCGAGAAAAUACAGAGGAUCUUUAUAAUCAUUGUUGGAGGCAUAAAAAUUGUGUUCAAAAAUCGGCUUUUAAUAUAAAAUAAAAAUUAUGUUGAUAAUUUUUAUGAUUCCAUGUACAGUGUGAACUUGUGCCCAGCCACCAUAUUAUCGACUGUGUUCUCUGUAAAUACAAAAAAAAAAAUUUUUGGCCCAUCUGUGAUAAUCAAAUCUCUUAACUUAGUGUCCUGUUCUUUUAAACAUAUGUUUUAUUUCAGUUCUCAACUUUUUAAAAAUUUAAAAAUGAUUCUAUAUUACAGGAUUGAAUUCUAUAAUUAUGUAUACUGUAUCAUAUUUCUAAUCUGUGUGACCUAAACUUGAUAUACACGAUAAUUUCCUUAAUUCGAAGGAAGGCGAGCUGCUAUUAAAUUGUUGAUAAUAUAAGAUUAAUUAAAAGACCUCUGUUGCCAAGAAGAUUGUUUUAAUCUGUCUUGACAGCUUCAACUAAUUUUAUUGAACUAUUGUCCAAAAUUGUUUUUUCUUUAAAAUUGUGCACUUCAAUUUCAGCCGAAAGCUGAUUUUAGAAGAUAAAAGGAUUUCGGAUAGAAAUGUAUAUAACAUGUAUAAUAGAAGAUAAUUUGUAACAAUUUUAAAUAGUGUUAUGCCAAAUAAAUAUUACUCAUAAAGUUAAUCUGUCCAAUUUUUUUCUUUUUUUUUUUUUUUUUGUUAAGAAACCCUUUAUCCUACAUUUCUUUAGUUCUUAGUUAUGUUUUUGAAUUUGUUGAUUUUAGAUAAAUUUAUAAUUUAAAAAUAAUUCUACUGUGCUACAUACUAUGGUUUAAUCUAUUCAACACAGCACCCAUAUUGCAGAACUUUCAAAGCAUACUUAUCAUAAAUAACACUUUAAACUCUGACUCUUAUGUUAAAUUAUCUAGCAUAAACUUCUUCCUAUUAUGUUAAAUGGAAGUUUAAAUAAUAACAAAAGGCUUAGCGAACCUAAAGGUUCAGUGCCAACACCAGAUCACCCUUUAACGCAAUCUUCCCAUAAGUCCCCAAAGACACUUGCUGUCAGUUGGAUAGGAUCUUUUUCAGUUGUUCAGCGGUUGCCUUUGUAAUGUAUUUAGUUACUAAUUAAAUCUUAUUAUUCCAUUUUAUAAUUCGUAUCAUAAUUACUGUCUUUUUAAAUAAAUUUGUACAGCAGACUCUCACAUAUCUGGACUAAUCUGGGUGAAUCUGAUCCAUAUGUAUGGAAAAUCUGGAUACAGGACAGUGACUAGUAAAUA